GAAACUGAAGAAUCUCAAGGCCUUUUCUGGAGACACACUGGCAUUGGGUCCUAGCAGACAUGGUCAAAACUGACCAUGGAGGAGGGAUCCAGCACAGCACGGGCUGUGGUCCGAAGUACCUUUGGCUUCACAGUGGGUUUGUCCUUGGCCACAGCCUAUGGGCUCCUAGAACUUCUAGGGGAAGGACGCAGCCCCUUUGGCUGCCUGGUGACCACAGUCACUUUCGCUGCCUUUCUUAGCAUAGGCAUGGGGUUCUCCCGCCAGGUCCGCGUCUCGGUCUUCCUGCUGCUUCCACAGGCCUUCUCCAAGCAGAGCCGGUUGCUGCUGUUGGUGGCUGCCUUUGGGCUGGUGCUUCAAGGGCCUUGUGCGAACACCCUGAAAAACUUCACCCGGGCAAGUGAAGCUGUGGCCUGUGGGGCAGAGCUGGCACUGAACCAGACAGCUGAAAUGCUGGAGAGGGUCAAGCAGCCCCUUGUCAGUGCUCUAUCUAAGAUUAAAGCUCUUGCCCAGAAGGCCAAAGUGGUGGCUGACCGGAUACGCAAGUUCAUCCGGUCCAUCAUAGAUGGCGUGAAGCAUAUAGCCAGGAGUCUGCAGAAUGUGUGGUACUGGCUUCUUCAUAUUGGUGACGUGUGCAACUCCGAGCUGGGGAACCCUUACAUAAAAUGCACUCAAGUGUUUGAUCGUGCCAUGAAACGCUGUACGAAGGUCGUGUCGGGAUUCCCUCAACUGUGUUAUACGCUCAUUCCCUACAAAUUGACUGUCUGUGGACUUGCCAGCUUGAUCCAGAAGUUCUGCGUCUUGCCUUUGUACCUCCAACAGUUCCUGCGAAGUACCAUCCGCACCCCUGUGAUAAAGCUGCUUGGUAAGCUACGUCGUGAGUUUGAGUUCAACAUGACAGCCACCCACUACUUCUCUGUGGACUUCAAUUCCUCUCGGAGCCUGUCCCAGGUGGCUUUGGACAUACAGGAGGCUGUCAGCAUGAAGUUGUACACUGCCAGGGAGGCCUUGUCUUUGAUGGGCUACACCAUGCCUCUGUUCUUUGGACUUCUCUACAUCCAAGGCCUCCGUUAUCGGUACCAUUACCUGAACUCGGACAUUUUCGACAACGUCUAUAUCACCAGGCGCUUCCUGGACAUGGAGGCAAUACGCUCGCUGGCAGGGAUGCCUACAGUUCUGCCACUCACUUCUCACGAGGCCGCACAGUACAUCCAGCCAGGCUCCUUGUUCCUGAGCCAGUGGGAACGGAUUUUUUAUAUCAUGGAGUUUGUUAACCUCAUCCGCCAUCUCCUCAUCGUGCUGUUCCUGGUCUUUCUGGACUAUGGCGUCUUCUGGCUACUGGAUCUGGCCCGGUACCACCUCCAGGGCGAGAUUGUAGCCCGCAGCCCUGUGGUAUCGUCUAUAUCGGUGGAAGGGUCUGGCUAUUCAGGGAAUAUUUACCGUGACCUGGCGUCAGCUUUUGAUGUUCUGCAACAAGGCAACGUCAGUAUAUUGUCCAAGCGCUGCGUCCUUCAUCCCUCAGAACCAGAUACUAACGGUUACGUCAUUAUCGGUACCAUGUACGGUCUGUGCUUCUUCGUCACUCUGUUUGGCAGCUAUGUCAGCAGGCUGCGGCGUGUCAUCUGUGCCUCCUAUUACCCCUCCAGGGAACAGGAAAGGAUCACACACCUCUACAAUUUGCUUCUGAGUCGUCGGAGCAACGUAAUGGCUACAGUGCAACGAUCAGUGAAUCGAAGGGCAAAUGACCAGACAAAGGACCAGGGCCCGAUGACUAUCCUCCAGGUGCUAGCCACCCGGUGCCCUUUCUUAAGGCCAUUGCUCGGCCAUUCUUUGCAUCAGUCUUUCUGCCUGGGCUGUGGGCAACCUGAAGACAAAGGGGGCAUGGAGAACUUUGUGUCCUGCAGUACCCCAGGCUGCAAAGGUCUCUACUGCCCUACUUGUUUCCGUCUCCUGGACAACACUUGUUCUGUAUGUUCCUCUCCGCUCUCCAAGCAGGGGAACCUGGAUCUGGAGCUGGACUCCAGUGAUGAGGAAGGUCCUCAGCUAUGGCUGGCUGCAGCUCAGAGAAAGGCCCCCGAGCAGGAGCUGAAACUUCGACAACAACUUCAGAAAGCCCUGGGCAUGAACCUUUCAGACAAGUCCACCUCUGAGGCCAAGAGAGCAGGAAACAGUGACCAGGACAAAAAGAAAGAAACUCAGAGGAAGCAUUCACAACACCUCCCAGAGGCUCAUCAGUCUUUUGAGGGGCUCCCCUUUCUCCCAGAACCCCGGUCACCACUUCAGAAACCCGCUAUCCUUGAAGAAGCCCUCCCCCAGCCUCAGAACCUCCCGACCCCUCCCACUCACCCCCCCAAAUAAAGGAACCAAAAAUGGACACAAA